GAUGAAAUCUAACUCAACGUGGUCAAGAUGUUGAUCGAACUGGUCAAGUUUUUAUUGGUAGUAGCGUUAUCACAUCAUGUUAUCUGCAGACGGAUAACCGAUCAAAAUUCAACUUUGAACGAUGGAAGUAACAUGGACGAAAUGGCCAAGAAGCCAGUGUGCCACUACAGCGAUCCCAACGUGGCCGAAUGUAUCAAACGCGUAGCAGAGCAGGCCAAGCAACUUUUGGCUCACGGCAUCCCGUCAUUCGGCAUUCAGCCCUUAGAACCGCUGAAGAUACCCAGCAUCAGGUUGAGACAACACAACAUGCCGCAAGCAAGAUUCAAAUAUGAUGCCUGGCUCACUGACCUUACUCUAAACGGAUUAACAAACUACACCUUCAAUAAAUUGGAUGUAUAUCCAGAAGAGAUAAAAGUCAACGGGAACAUAAGCCUACCAAGACUUGUAAUGGGGGGAGAGUAUGUUGUCAUUGGGGAAUUCCAGAUGUUGCCAGUGGAAUCCACAGGAAAGAUGUCCGCAAACUUCACUGACUGUUCUGCUGCUCUCGAUGCUGUUGGAGCUAAGGUUCACAAACGAAUAGUAAUCAAGGAUGCCAAUGUCAAGUUACGCUGCACGGGAGCACUCAAGGCCAGCCUGAUGGAGGCCCACUCCACUACUAGCGAGAUGGAAAUGAUUACUGACCACAUAAUUCAAAUGCACGCAAGCGAGCUAGCCAAGGAAGUGCAACCGGCCGUAGAGACAGCUCUGGCUAUGGUCCUUGAAGAUAUCGCCAAUAAAUUCCUCAAGCACAUACCCACUAACAUGGUGUUCCCUAUAUAGGAAGACAGGGUCACUUAAACUAGUCUAAGUCUGUAAUUACGUGACGUGACUAACAGAUUCAAGAUUUUUUUUAAAAUAAUUUAUUUAAUUUAUUUUUUGUAACAAAUAAAAUGAACCAAAUUCGUUUAAGUGGAA